CCCCUCCAUUCUUCUUUCUACUUUUGUGGUUCUUCUUUGAUUUCUCCUUGACCUUGAAAUGUGGCCAAUUCGAAUCAAAUCUACCAGAAAUCAUCAUAGCCCUAGUUAUAACAACAAUGAUCAUAGCCCUAGAACACCCUCCAACCCUGAUUUCAAUCAUCAAUCCUUUAAGGAUAUCGAGACUCUCUUCCCUCAUGUUGAUUUGAACAACGCCAUUCAAGAACAACCAUCUUCUUCUUCUUCCUCACCUACUUGCUCCGCCGACCUUAAGCGACGAUCCGUCUUCCAUCGUGUUCAUCUCGCCAAUCGAAUUACUCGCGCCUUCUCCAUCCGACCAAAACCAAGCCCGGAGGAAAUACUCACGGAACCGAACCAAAUCGCGGCGGCUGAGAAAUCGGAAAAGCUGGAGAAACCUGAGAAUUCUAUAAAAUCUCAGCCGCGGAUCCCGAUCCCUGGAGCGGAAAAACGAGUAGUGAUAUACGUGACAAGCCUCCGAGUGGUCCGAUCGACGUUCGAGGCUUGCCGGACCGUUCGUUCGAUUUUCCAAGGAUUCCGUGUUCCGAUCGACGAGCGAGAUCUGACGAUGGACGCUUCGUUUUUUGACGAGAUACGGAAGAUCAUGGCUCAAAUAGGGCAAGGCGAGCCUCGAAGUUCGAGGGUAGAUCUCCCCAGAGUUUUCAUCGGCGGCAGGUAUAUCGGAGGGGCAGAUGAGGUUGUGGAAUUGCAUGAAAUAGGUGAGUUAAAGAAACUCGUAGAAGGGUUGCCGGCGGCGACUCCCGGCGUCUGCAAUUUUUGCGGCGGAUUUAGAUUUAUCCUGUGCCUGGAGUGCAACGGUAGCCAUAAGUGUCACAUAGAAGACGGUGGCUUUAGGACUUGUACGGAAUGCAAUGAAAAUGGUCUCAUAAGGUGCCCUUCUUGUUUAAGCACUUAA